AUGAAAUCUUCUGAAAAGCUAAAUCCUGUUAUUCUUGAAAGGCUCAUAAAGAUUUCACAUCUGAAUCCAUAUUCAAUCUUCUUCAAGAGAUUAGAACACAUAGAUCCUUUGAACUCUGUACAAAUUAUUAUUAGAUCUGAUGUAUCAUUAGAUCAGAGAGUCUACAAUCAACCUUCAACCUCACAAGUGGCAGCAAUUUGGUCUGAAAAUGAUGUCUUAAGCAAAGAAAUCUCAAGGGAUAUUGUUGUUCAUCAAAUUUCUGGUCAUAGUGAAAAAGUUCAAUGGUAUUUUGGAUGUUAUGACCCAUUACAAUAUCCAUUGUUAUUUCCAUAUGGUGAAUCUGGAUGGCAUUAUGGUAUUAAGAGAAAACAAAAGAAUAAGAAAACUACCAUUUCUUGUCAUGAAUACUACUGCUACAAGCUUCAAAUACGACCCAAUGAUUCUUCAAUCUUACUCCGCUCUGGUCGUCUCUUUCAGCAGCAUUGUGUUGAUAUGUAUGUCAAGAUUGAAACAUCUAGACUUCAAUUCUUUCGAAACAAACAAAGAGAAAUUAGGGCUGAUUUGUAUCAAGGAAUCAUAGACAGUGUCACAACGGGUGAAGGUAGAGGUUCAAAGAUUGGUCGCAGGGUUAUACUACCACCGUCAUUCAUAGGUAGUCCAAGAGAUUUUAGACGUCGAUAUGUUGAUGCAAUGGCUUUGGUCCAGCGAUUUGGCAAACCUGAUAUCUUUCUUACAAUGACUUGUAAUCCAGCAUGGCCAGAGAUUAAAACUGAGUUAGGACCUAAUGAAGAAGCUCAAAAUAGACCAGAUUUAACCUCUCGCGUUUUUAGAGCAAAAAUGGAACAACUGAAGGAUGACAUCAUAAAACAUCAAAUCUUUGGGAAAGUCAUUGCAUAUGUUUACGUCAUUGAAUUUCAAAAGAGAGGUCUUCCACAUAUGCAUCUAUUGUUAAUUCUAGCACCUGGACAAAAGCCUUUAUCUCCUGAUACUUAUGAUUCAAUCGUAUCUGCUGAACUUCCUGAUCAAAAAAAAAUCCUCAUUUGUUUUCUGUGGUGGUGA